UCGGGUCUGGGGCGCGGCAGGGAAACUCAAAGCACGGCAGGCAGCACUCGGGAUUCCAGGAGGGGGGGGGGAGGAUGUUGGGGAAGAGGCGCAGGGCGGGCUAGGGUAGGUCGAAGAGUUGAGAGGACUCUUCCUUCGACAGAUAGACUUCGUCUCGAGACGAGACGAAACGAAACGAGUCUUCGAAACGGGCACGACUCGACAAGAUUCUUCUCGAACAACUGCGAAUACGACACUUGGUCCACGCUCGACGGUCGGGCGAACAAAGGGUACGGUGCGAGCACGGGCUCGAGUCGAGGCUACACUUCGCCGCCCUCAUACACGAACGGACUGCGAUUGGACUUCGAGAGUGGACGAGGAAGAUUCAAUUGCGAGCCGCAAGGAAGAUAUGGGUACUUGGACUUGGCAACAAUCAUGACAUAACUGCCAUUGAAUACAGUGGAUUAGAUGGCUUCUUUCGGCGGGAACCACUCGAACGGCCAGGUCGUGUUCGUGGUCACCACCACGACCUUCGUCCUGGCUUCUGUCUUUGUCACUGCAAGAAUUAUAUCCAGAUUUGCGAUAUUGAGGAGUCGGGCUGUUGAUGAUUGGGUUAUGAUUGUUGCCUGGGUCAUUGCAUUCGGACUUUCGUUCUCAAUUGAUUAUGGGACUUCAAAAGGGUUGGGGAGACAUGAUGUCGAUAUACCGACAGAAUGGCUUUCUGCUCUGCGGAAAAGCGAAUAUGCUUUUACAAUUCUCUACAACCCCGCCUUGAUGGCGACUAAGACCUCCAUCCUCAUCUUCUACCUCCGCAUGUCUCGCAACACUCAGAAACUCCUCCGCAUCGCCUCCUACGCUACAUUAGCAGUCGUCAACAUUGCUGGCGUGGUCCUCACAUUUCUGAACGUCUUCCAAUGCAGCCCCGUCAGUGCGGCAUACGACCUCUUGCGAACAAACAGCAACAGCACCUGCAUAUCGAUCGUCACGCUGUACCUGGCUUCCGCACCCGUGAAUAUCAUUACCGAUCUUGCGAUCUUGGUUCUGCCGAUUCCGGUCCUGACGGGCAUGCGAUUGCCACAGCGGCAGAAAACGGUCCUCGUGGUGACGUUCACGCUGGGUAUUUUCGUAACCAUUGUUGAUGUGGUGAGGAUUUAUUACCUUCAGCAGGCUGCCGAUCAUUCAGAAGUUGCGCAUACACGACUUGGGAGUGGUACGGAUUUUGCGUACAAUGCGAGCAUUGCAUUGAUGUGGUCUGCGGUCGAGGUCAAUGUGGGGAUUAUUUGCGCCUGUAUUCCGACAUUGAAACCACUCAUCAAGCGGAUUCUACCGUCCAUGAUUACGGAUCGGACAAGAACUAACUCUGGAACGGACAAGGAGACUUCAUUCUCGUCUCCGGUACGAGAUGAUAGCAAUGACGUGCCUCAUCGGAUAGAAUCAAUCGAGAUAGCCACUGGAAUCCAACCUUUACCACAAGCUCAGCCUGGAGGAGAUUCCGAGCAACAGAUAAAUAUGAUGAAUUUCCUGACCACACCCGCUGAUGUGGGUCGGAGCAAACAACAACAGGAAAUGGACAUGAUGGAUUUCCUCACCACUCCAGAUAUGGACCCGAGCAUGAUCAGACGGACUCAAACUCAACCCACUAUAAAUCGAACCAACACAGCUGCCACAGACAACUCAGUCUACUUCGGUUUUGUGAACAUGAAGAGACCUAGAAGUAUGCUCAAGACAAAGGGCAUGGAAUCUUUCAAAUACUGCGCCAUGGUCACAAUACUUUUCUUUUUGUGGGGCUUUUCCUACGGACUAUUGAACACUUUGAAUUUUGAGAUCAGCACAAUCGCGAAUCAAAGCACGAGUCAAUUCUUGGGGUUGACUACAGCCUACUUUGGAGCAUAUUUCUUUGGAGCUAUGACUGUUGGCCAAGUGGUUCUUCGCCGUUGGGGCUUCAAGGCAACAUUCAUUUGUGGUCUCUGCAUAUACGGCACCGGUACAUUGAUGUUCUGGCCAUCAGCUGUCCUACUCUCCUUCCCUGGCUUCAUCAUCUCCAACUUCGUCGUCGGAUUCGGACUCUCUGUGCUCGAAACAGCCGCGAACCCAUUUCUCGCCCUCUGUGGGCCCAGUGAACACGCUGAAUUUCGCCUCCUCCUCGCUCAGGGUGUGCAGGCAAUCUCUAGCAUCCUCUCCCAGCUCCUCGCCGAAAAGGUUCUUUUCUCAAGGGUUGCCUCCCUCAUCGACGUCCAAUGGACCUACCUAUCCGUCGCCCUCUUCACUGUCAUUCUCGCGCUCUUCUUCUACUAUAUGCCGCUCCCAGAAGCCAGCGACACCGACCUCCAACAGCAAUCUGAAGACCUGGGUAUCUAUCGCUCGCAAACCGUCUCCUUCUCCUUCGUCAAAACAAAACUCCCGCUCAUCUACACAACUCUGGCCUUGGCGAUAGCUGCACAAUGGGCAUACGUGGGUGCCCAAGAAGCAAUGUCCGCCUGGUUCGGGCAGCUCCUCUCUACCACCACACCUGUAUCCGGACACCUCACCCUGUCAAUGGAUAACUACGUCCUAGUAGGCCACACCACCUUCGCCGUCGGACGCUUUCUCUUCGCGCCCUUAUGCCUCAUCAUCGCGCCUCGCAUCCUCCUCACAUUCAUCCUACUCGGCUGCCUCAUUUUCUCUACCCUCACAUUUGCCCUCUCCCUCAACGCGAACGGCAUCGCUGGCCCCGCGCUCGUGUUCUUCUUUUUUGAGGGCCCGGUCUUCCCGAUGGUUUAUGCGAUGGGAAUAAGAGGGUUGGGAAGGAGGACCAAGGUCGGCGCUGUGUAUAUCACGGCCGCCACUUCUGGCGGCGGCGCCUUUCAAUUCGUGAUGUGGGCUGUCCAACAAGUUGACCACAAAUCGGUCAAAUAUUCGUAUUGCGUCAUCGUUGCCUUGUUUGCGUUCUCUUUACUCUUCCCUGCGUAUCUGAACUUGGUUCCUGGGGCGAGACACCAGGUUGAUCCAGCGAAACUCACUGACCUUCUGGGUGCGUCAAGGAGAGGAAGUGAGGGAGGAGACGGUGGCGAUGAUAGACCGGACACUCCAGUCAGAAGGAUGAGUAGGAAGUUCAGUGUUAUCUUUAGCAAAAUUUCUCCUGGUGGGCAUGGGAACGGAGCGAGAGAGAGCCAGGAGGUGGGGAUUGUGGAGCACAGGGAGAGGCAGAGUUGGGGGACGCAGGGGACCGGAGAUGGUCUUCACUCUCCUCGGUCUCCUUGAGGAGGAUAUUGGUGUAAAUUUAGCGGCAUUGGGACGGCGUUAAAUUUGGAAGGAUUGUUCUAAUAUAUACUUGGAUUUGCCGGGUUGGAUUAUGGAUAUGGGUCGGCUGGAUGGGUACGAAGAGGAUUGAUCUAGGGAGGAUCUCCAACAACAGGGCAAAGGUAUAGGACAUGGGAAGCCGUUGUGCUCUCGGGAGUUUGUUUGGAAAUGCAGAAGCAGGUUUGAGACCUGGUUCACGUUCAUCAUUGUGUGUAUAGCAAGCAGUCAAGGCGCGGUUAUCUCAAUGAUAUCACAAUUAUCUAUCACAGCGCUCGAGCACCAGUGAGGCCGAAAUGCAAGUGCGGUCGGGAGAAGAGCGAGCACUUCUCCUUUCAAUGUGAUCAAUUGACUGAUGGCGAGAUCCGUUGAAACACGAGGAGCUUGAGGGGGCCAGGUUCCCCAUGGGGAUGAACUGCCGAGACGGGCUGCUUCGCAAAC